AUGCCUAAAAGAAAGAGAGACGUGGAUGACAUUAUCAGCAACACGAGCUUUGUAGAAUUACCCCAAGAUGUGGUGGGAGAGAUACUUGAGAAACUUCCGGUGAAAUCACUAUUGAGAUUCAAAGCAGUUUCCAAACUAUGGAGAAGGGAAAUCGAAUCCCGGCGUUUCCAGAAGAGACAUCUAAGACAUGAGCAGAAAUCUCGAGACCCGAGUAUCCUGGUAUGCCAUCCUAGGCUUGACCAAGGCACAAAAUUAGCUUCUCUUAGGACAUUGAGUGUGGGAGCAGCGUCAGUUUCGUUUGAGACCCAUACUCAAUACCCUGUCGAUACAACGACUAGAUCAUACAUGCUAAGAAGUACACGGAGUUGCGACGGUCUGACUUGCAUAUAUUCAGAAACCUUUAUGUAUGUGGUCAAUCCCACAACUAGAUGGUACCGUAGACUUCCCGAGGCGAGAUGUCAAGCAUUUUUUCGUGAUACAAAGAACCAGUUUUUUGUGGGUUAUCCAGGAUUCGGUAAAGACAAUAUCACGGGAAUAUACAAGUUGGUUUGGUUAUAUAACUCUCACUGCGUAGACCUAUACGACGGCCAAACUAAUACGUGCGAGAUUUUCUCUUUCGACACCAACAACACUUGGAGGUAUGAUGUGAUUGUUUCUUCUCCUCAUCCAAUGCUACGUCAGAAAGUCCCGGCUCACGCACAUGGAUCCCUCCAUUGGUUUAUUGAUGCAGUCACAGAAACACAAGUCUUAGCUUUCGAUCUUCACACUGAAACUUUUACGGUAAUGGCCAACAUACCGGUUGCCCAUGCACCUCAUCCACGGAUCUCGAUGUGCACUUUGAAUGACCGCCUAUGCUUAUCGGAGGAUAAGGGAAACACACAAACUAUAUGGUCGUUAAAUCAAGACAAUAUGACAUGGCACAAAACUUUCUCCAUAAAUCUCCGUGCAACUCUCUCUUGUAUUGAAGAGGAGAAUAUUUUUCCAAUACCACCCGUCGCAUCACUUUUCAACAACCGGUUAUUGCUUUAUGAUGACAGCGACCACGACCGGAAGCUUGUGAUAUUCAAUUAUCGUUUAAAUUCGUAUGGUGAGAUUUUCAACCCUCGUUAUUUGGUAGGUGCCAUUUCUUUUUCGGAAAGCUUAAUCACUCUUCCAUAA